UAACGCAGGAACAGCAACUCUAAACGUUUUAGUUUAAAGUUGAGCACGCAUUGUUUUUAGUUCAUAAUAAAUAAUAUAAUAAUCUUCGUACUGACAAUUAAAAUUUAAAAGUGGUUCUGUAAAAUAGGCUAAAACAUGGUUUUCUUUAACUGCAACGCUUGUUGCGAAGCCUUGAAAAAAAAUCAAGUAGAGAAACAUUUGUUGAGAUGUCGACAGUGUAAUGUUUUGUCAUGUGUUGACUGCGGCAAAGAUUUUUGGGGAAAUGAGUACCAGACCCAUACUAAGUGCAUGUCAGAAAAUGAGAAAUAUUGUGGGAAAGGUUAUGUUCCUAAAGUAAAUAAAGGAGAAGCAAAACAAGAGCAGUGGAUCGAGAAAGUACAAGCUGCUAUAGAAAAGUCUGCAUCCAACCCAAAACUAAAGGAGUUAUUGGUGAAACUCAAAGACUUUCCAAAUAUACCAAGGAAAAAGCAAAAAUUUGAGAAUUUUAUAGUAAACAGUUUAAGGAUAAGAAAUACAGGGCUAAUACAGCAAGUGUGGGACAUGUUAAUGGCUGCUGUUGAGAAAGACAAAGCAGCUCAAAAUAUACACAAAUCUGCAGCUAACUCUGAAAAUAAAGAAACAAAUCAGAAUGGUGUAAAGGCAGAAUCUGACGAGAGUGCCAAACAGAAUGGUUGUACAAAUGAAGUCAGUGAUGGUCAAGCUGAACCUGAACCAAAUACACAAAAACUAAGCAAACGAGAGAAAAAAGAAGAGAGGAGUAAAAAGGCAAAUAAAAAAGAAAAGAAAGACAAAGUUGCUGUUGAAGAUGCUGUUGAGCAAAAGGGGAAAAAGAGGAAACAUUCUACUGGUGAUGAUGAUGUAAUUAAUGAGGUUCAAGACAGUUCAAAAGCUGAACCAAAAAAAAAGAAGAAAAAGAAGCUAGAUGCAGACAGUGAGAGAGUUGAAGAUGGUGCUGAUGGCAAUGAAGAAGAACCUAAAGAUGAAGAUCAAGAAAAUGAACCAACAGAAACCAAGAAGAAGAAAAAAACAAAGUUUAACUGGCAAGCUGCAAUUGUUGCUGCUUUGGAAUCAAAAGGCGAGAUGUCAUUGAAAAAACUACGUAAAAAGGUACUCAGUGAAUUUGCUGCUCAAGAUGCUGCUAACUAUUCAGAAGAUAAUUUAAGAGCCACUUUUGACAAGAAGGUCAACAAAAUUUCCAGUGUAAAGGUGUUCAAGGACAGAGUAAAAUUAAAGUGAUAUCUUUGUUUUUGUUGCUAAUACCGGUAAUAAUAGAUGAAAUAUUUUUU